CGUAGAGGUGUGAGCUAGCAGGAGGCUAUCAGACCAUAGAUAAGAGCUAGCCUGCCAGAGUGGGGCGCUUCCCCGCCCCCUUCCUCCCUCCCCUCUCUCUCCCCUUAUUCUUACCUUAAAGUACUGGUGUAGAAAGUCAUGAUUUGGGGCCAGGGAGGUGACUCGGAAGCUAAGGGCCCUUGCUGUCAAGCCACAGGAUUUGAGUUGGAUCCUUGGAACCAACAUGGUGGAAAGAGAGAAAGUUCCUCUCUGACUACUUCUGACUACUACACCAAUGCCAUGGCAUGCACAUGACUUGACCCCCAAUAGAUAGAUAGAUAGAUAGAUAGAUGAUAGGUAGAUAGAUAAAUGUAUGUGUGUAAAAAACUAAACGUCAGCAGCCUCCACUUUAGGCACAGGGUGGGGUUUAUCCCCUCUAAGUUUUAAGCUGAGCGGAUUCUCUUUUGUGACAGUCACUGUGGCAGGCAUUAGAACAGGGAACAGGUUGUUAUCUUAGGUUGUCCUCUGAGAGCAUGUCCUCCUGCAAAGCUUGUUUGCAUGUAGCUUGAUUUGGUUACUUCAUAGGAAGAGAGGAGCCGGUUUAAAAUACACCGUUUUCUGGGAGAUUUUGGGUUGCAUCUCAGCAUGGAAGAAAAGCUACACAGAGGCUUUAGCAUUGAAGGUUUCAAGCCAGCUCAGCUCCCUCGCAGUCACUCUGCUGCUUACUGCACUUCAAAGUUAGUCAGCCGGGAAUGCGGGGCAUUGUUGAUAGUCUUCAUCUUAUUGAGUAAAAUGUUAGCGAGACGCUGCAUGUUUUUCAAGUUAGUAUCAUCAUGGGCAGGAUUUAUCUAGGCAACAAGUGAUUAUUGAGCCGUGGGAGUAGGGAGAUGUGUCUGUGACCUUGGCCGUCCUUGGAGCAUCUGCCUCAUCAGGCUGGCAAGUGUGGACCUUGGAUAUAGAAUGCAAGCCAGGUUACAGAGAGUGUGGCAGGCAAGGGUUAGCUUGAGUUGAGGGAUAGCAUUUGCAAUGGUCUGGAUGUAGGGAGAGGGAGCAUUACACUGGCAGGCUCCCUGGGAAUUUGUUGUCACUGGAAAGCUGGUGUGUCUACAGUAAGGAAGAGAGCUCAUUUAUUUCCUCGUGUAUGUGGAGCAUGAAGGCAACAGGGUGUUAAGCAUGGGCUUGAGCCAGAGAAGACACUAGCAGCGACUGAAGUAGCAGCAGAUGUAGGGUGGUCUGAUCAGAUUUGGGAAAGAUGCUAACCUGAGGAGUGUGUGUCUGGGGUACUACUUGGCCUUUGGCCUCAGCAGUUGGAAGAACCACAGUGGUGUUUGCAAAGAUUUCGGUAUAUUAAAAGUUGAGAUUAGAUCAAGUGACCAUAGGCGUGUAGGUUCAUUCCUGGGUCUUCAAUUCUAUUCCGCUGAUCUACUUGGCUGUCUCUGUUCCAAUAACAUGCCUUUUUUAAAAAAUCACUAUUGCUCUGUAAUACAGCUUGAGGACAGGGAUGGUGAUUUCUCCAGAAGUUCUUUUAUUGUUGAGAAUAGUUUUCACUAUCCUGGUUUUUUUCUUCUUUGCUUUUCCAAAUAAAUCUGCAAAUUGCUCUUUCUAACUCUAUGAAGAAUUGAGUUGGAAUUUUGAUGGGGAUUGCAUUGAAUCUGUAGAUUGCUUUUGGCAAGAUGGCCUUUUUUACUAUAUUAAACCUGCAAGUCCAUGAACAUGGAAGAUCUUUCUAUCUUCUGAGAUCUUCUUCAAUUUCUUUCUUCAGAGAUUUGAAGUUCUUGUCAGACAGAUCUUUCACUAGGCUUGGUUAGAGUCACACUAAGGUAUUUUAUAUUAUUUGUGGCUAUUUUGAAGGGUGUCAUUACCCUAAUUUCUUUCUCAGUCUGUUUAUCCUUUGAGUAGAGGAAGGCUACUGAUUUGAGCUAAUUUUAUAUCCAGUCAUUUUGCUUAAGUCGUUUAUCAGCUGUAGUUUUCUAGUCCCCGAUUUUAGUGGGAUUGCUUCAAGUUUCUCUCCAUUUAGUUUGAUGUUGGCUAUUAGUUUGCUGUAUAUGGCUUUUUACUAUGUUUACUGUGUAUGGCCUGAUCUUUCCAAGACUUUUAUCAUGAAGGGGUGUUGAAUUUUGUCAAAUGCUUUCUCAGCCUCUAAUGAAAUGAUCAUGUGGUUCUUUUCCUUGAGUUUGUUUAUAUAGUGGAUUACGUUGAUGGAUUUCCAUAUAUUGAACUAUCCUUCCAUCCCUGGGAUGAAGCCUACUUGGUCAUGGUAAAUGAUCAUUUUGAUGUAUUCUUAGAUUUGGUUUGCAAGAAUUUUAUUGAGUAUUUUUGCAUUGAUAUUCAUGAGGGAAAUUGGUCUUAACUUCUCUUUCUUUGUAGGGUCUUUGUGUAGUUUAGGUGUAAGCAUAAUUGUGGCUUCAAAGAAUGAAUUGGGUAAUGUUCCUUCUGUUUCUACUUUGUGGAAUACUUUGAAGAGUAUUGGUAUUAGGUCUUCUUUGAAAGUCUGAUAGAAUUCUGCACUAAACCUAUCUGAUCCUGGGCUGUUUUUGGUUGGGAGACUUUUUUUUUUUUUUUAAAAUAUUGUUCUGUUUUAUUUAUGUGUUUGUGUGUUUUACCUGCAUGUACAUCUGAACCCACAGACACUAGAAGAUGGCAUCAGAGCCUUUGGAACUAGAGUUACAGGUAGUUUUUUUUUUUAAAAAGAUUUAUUCAUUUAUUAUAUAUAAGUACACUGUAGCUGUCUUCAGACACACCAGAAGAGGGCAUCGGAUCUCUUUACAGAUGGUUGUGAGCCACCAUGUGGUUGCUGGGAAUUGAACUCAGGACCUCUGGAAGAGCAGUCAAUGCUCUUAACCACUGAGCCAUCUCUCCAGCCCUGGUUGGGAGACUUUUAAUGACUGCUUCAGUUUCUUUAGGGGUUAUGGGACUAUUUAGAUGGUUUAUCUGAUCCUGAUUUAACUUUGGUACCUGGUAUCUGUCUAGAAAAUUGUCCAUUUCAUCCAGAUUUUCCAGUUUUGUUGAGUAUAGGCUUUGGUAGUAAGAUCUGAUAAUUUUUUUAAUUUCCUCAGUUUCUGUUGUUAUGUUUCUUUUUUUCAUUUCUGAUUUUGUUGAUUUGGGUACUGUCUCUCUGCCCUCUGGUUAGUCUAGUUAAGGAUUUAUCUAUCUUGUUGAUUUUUUUUUUUUUCAAAGAACCAGUUUCUGGUUUUGUUGAUUCUUUGUAUAGUUCUUUUUGUUUCUACUUGGUUGAUUUCAGCUCUGAGUUUGAUUAUUUCCUUCUGUCUACUCCUCUUGAGUGUAUUUGCCUCUUUUUGUUUUAGAGCUUUCAGGUAUGCUGUCAAGCUGUUAGUAUAUGCUCUCUCCAAUUUCUUUUGACAAAGGAGCUAAAACUAUCCAAUGGAAAAAAGACAGCAUUUUCAACAAAUAGUGCUGGUUGAACUGGAGGUCAGCAUGUAGAAGAUUGCAAAUUGACCCAUUCUUAUCUCUUUAUACAAAGCUCAAGUCCAAGUGGGUCAAAGACUUCCACAUAAAACCAGAUACAUUGAAACUAAUAGAAGAGAAGGUGGGGAAGAGUCUUGAACAUAUAGGCACAGGGGAAAUUUCCUGAACAGAGAAUACCAAUAGCUUAUGUUGAUCAAGAGUCAACAAAUGGGACCUCAUAAAAUUGCAAAGCUUCUGUAAGGCAAAGGACACUGUCAAUGGGACAAAAUGGCAACCGAUAGAUUGGGAAAAGAUCUUUACCAAUCCUACAUCCCAUAGAGGGCUAAUAUCUAAUAUAUAAAAGAACUCAAGACUCCAGAGAUUCAAAUAAUCCUAUUAAAAAAUGGGUACAGAGCUAAACAAAGAAUUCUCAACUGAAGAAUAUGGAAUGGCUGAGAAGCCCUGAAAGAAAUGUUCAACAUCCCUAGUCAUCAGGGAAAUGCAAAUCAAAACAACCUUGAAAUACCACCUCACACCAGUCAGAAUGGUUAAGAUAAAAAACUCAGGUGACAGUAGAUGCUGGCAAGGAUGUGGAGAAAGAGGAACACUCCUCCAUUGUUGGUGGGAUUGCAAGUUGGUGCAACCAUUCUGAAAAUCAGUUUGGAGGUUCCUCAGAAAAUUGGACAUAGUACUACCUGAGGACCCAGCAUACACUCAAAAGAUGCCCCAACAUAUAAUAAGGACACAUGCUCCACUAUGUUCAUAGCAGCCUUAUUUAUAAUAGCCAGAAGCUGAAAAGAACCCAAAUGUCCCUCAGCAGACUAAUUGAAUACAGAAAAUGUGGUACAUUUACACAAUGGAGUACUACUCAGUAUUAAAAACAACAACUUCAUGCAAUUCUUAGGCAAAUGGAUGGAACUAGAAAUAUCAUCCUGAGUGAGGUAACCCAGUCACAAAAGAACAGAAAUGGUAUGCACUCACUGAUAAGUUUAGGAUCAUUUAGGUGGGGUCUCUAUGGAUGGCUGUAUUUGUGAGGCUGGGCGUUAGAUGAGAGAUAUGAUCUCCGUACUGGCAUAGCCAGAUUUGAAUGUAAGCUCUCCAGGAUUUGUCACAGAGGGCUCAUGUCAGUGGGCAGGAGGUUGGGGACUGACCUCUGUCAAUCAAAGUCCCUGAGCAGCUGGUGUAUAGAGCUAUGCUGCUGGUCUUAGCACUCCUGGAGUCCGAGGCAGCAGGAGGGACACAUAGCAAGAUCCAAGUCUCAUAAAACAAGAAGAAUAAAGCUGACAUUUUGCAAUUCAAGUGAAGAAAAGUCUUUUUAAUUUUUUUUUCUUUGGAGCUGGGGACCGAACCCAGGGCCUUGCGCUUGCUAGGCAAGCGCUCUACCACUGAGCUAAAUCCCCAACCCCUGAAAAGUCUUUUUAAAUAUGGAGAGAAACAUGGUGCCUUUGAGUGCACUGAAGAUUUGGGCUGGAGUCUGACCUCUGAGUUUCAUGAACUGGAGGGACUUGGGAACAGUGACUCUUGUGGAGUGCAGGUGGGAUUGGGGAAGGAGAGCAAGAAGAAGGAAAGAACUCUUAUCAAAGACCACUGUUUGGAGGGCUUUUUAUCAUAGAGACAUUGGAGGGCUUUUUCAGAAAUCAUAAACAGAGACAAAAAUGUUAAAGUAGCUGAGGGGCCUCCCCCUGCUCCCUUAUGGCGGAGGGAAUGUUAGACACCAUGGGCUUGCUCAUGCCUGUGACCCCUCCAUAGGAAGGAAGAAAGGAGAGUCGUGUCACCUUGAAGUGGCCCUUCUCAGCCUUAAACAGUAGCUGGGAGAUGUUUGUGCUGGCUUGGGAGUUGUGACUCUCCUCACCCUCCCCAGGGAGCCUUUGCGACUGGCAUUUCUCUUUCUCCAGUUGGCUUAGUCUCUUUGUGUAUCAGGAUAGAUUUUUAUCUUUUGCAUUUCUGGUAAAUGGCGAUUAUUAGGAAGUUGAACCAAUUGUGUGUGGAAAAUGCAAAAGACAUUUAACUGGGAAUGUGUUUCUCAAGGCCCAUUGUUUCCCACAAAACGGAAACUGCUGGCUUCUUGCUGCAUGAGUGAGGAUGAAGUUAUUUUGCGAACACAGUACUUUUUUUUUUUUUUUUUAACUAACAUUUUUCAGACUGUGAUCAAAAGAAAUUACUUUCUGAAAACAACAGUUUAAUAGGACAUGUAGACUUUGAUUGUAAGUAGAGAUUUAUUGGAGGCCCUUAAAAGAACCCAGUUUCUUUCCACAUCAUUCUUCUAAUUGCAGAGGUAGCUUGUAUCAUUAGUUUGGGAAGAAAAAUAAGAAAGUUAGAAAAAUAUAUAUAGUUUUUGUUUGUUUUUGAGACAGAGUCUCACUAUGUAACUCUGCCUGUCCUGGAACUCACUAUGUAGACCAGGCUGGCCUUGAGCCUCAGACUCUCGAGAUCUGCCCUCUUCUUCCCUUGAAUGGUGGGAUUAAAGGCAUAAACCACCACACCCAGUUGUAUUUUGUUUGUAAUAACUUUGAAACAUAAUAGUUUUAACCAGCCAGAAGGGAGAUAGGUGCGUAGUUGUGUUGCACGAUUGUUACCCCUGGAUGGCAUAUUGAUGUAAAUAUUCACAGAGCACCUAUGGGUAACCAGUUCAUCUUCGGGGCAGUGUCAGUAACACACGGCAGUUUCAGUGUACUUAAGCUGUGUCCUUGAGUGGUUUUGAAGAUUUUGAUGAAAAACAAAAUAAUAUAUAUAAACCCCGAAAUAAACUGGACCCCCAAAGGGCAGGGGGGAGCUGCGAUUCCAAUUGCAUGAGGUACCCCAAGUCAUCACUUCAUUGUGACAGUGAGGCUGUAAAGGGCCAGGGCAGGGUGAUGGGGCAUCACUGUGUCACAGGUACUGAGUUUUGCAAGAUCAGGAGGGUUCUGGACACAGAUGGUGGCGGCAUCUGGACAACCGUAUGAUGGGAAAGGACCACGUUAGAUAUCCGUCACACAGUAAAAAAAAGUAUAUAUGCAUGCACUAUGUCCCCUUCCCUCCUUUUCCCUAAGUGUGAGUGAAUCAAGCGACCCAGCAUCAAGCAGUGGGCCUCCGUUCUGUCGUCCUGUGUCUGCGAGAUUCCCAUCAAAUGAAAGCUCUAUCAGGAAUCCUCUAUCCUUCUCAGAGGUGUCAAACCGCCCGCAGGCUGUUUUCUGGAGAGCAAAGAGUGCAGGCUAGCUGGAAAAGACAUUUUCUAUUGUCCCAUCAAUUGAGAAAAUACUUCUUGGGUCCUCAUUGUGUUUGUGGGACAAAGAUACAAACCUGUUGAGUGGCACCUGCCAGCUACUGUUCAAAGUUUACUCUGAACAACACUCAGGAUGCUUUCACAGCUCUCGGAAAUCCUUGUGAAAUAGCCCAUGAGAGCAUUGUUCUCAUCUGGCAGUUGAGAAGCCUGAGACUCGGGAGCGGGGUGAGUGGCUUUCUACUUUAAAAACAUUUUUAGAAGUGUUUCAAUUCGCAGACACAAAGGCAGGACAUUCCAGGUCACCGAAAGGCCCAGAGAUGUAGGUGUGGGAGUGUGUGGGAUGCAUCUGUAUGGAGCAGAGUCCAGAGGACAUUCGGGGCACAGAGUGGUGGUUUUGUCUCUUUCAUUAUGAUCUCGACUCCCGGGACAGCGAGUCCCCAGCUGCUUGGUGGGCACCCAUGACAGAACUGUGCCUUAGCAAGCAGUGCUUGAGAUCCAGUCAAGUCCCCAAAGAGAGGGCCGAGGCCCGGAGGAUUCCCCCACGGCCUUCUGUUGUGGUCAAGUGGGGGAAAAAUUUCUAUUUUAGUGCUACAGGGCUUGGGAGUCACAGCUCAUGAUGGAGUCUCGUGACAAGUGGAGUGAGAGGGGCGGCCGCUGAGGGGGCUCCACAGGUAAAGGUACUGAGCCUGAUGCCCGCCCUGGGUUACACCUUGGAGCUGAUAUGAUGGUGGGAGAGAGCAUCUCCCUCAAGAACAACAACAAGCCAACAAUAAAGAGUGUAGGAAUAAUUUUUUUUUUUUUAAAGGGGAGUCGGAGAUGUGUGGUUCUGGGAGGGGGUGAGGUUGGGGGAGCAUGUGUGAGGGUAUGUGAGGAGUGAGGAAGACUCUCCUUCAGUUCUCGGGCUUCUUUGUGUUUUUGGAAAACAAACAAACAAACAAACAAACAAAACAAAACCAAAACCAAAACCGGUCACCUGAAUACAUAGGUGAGAUGCAGGUUAACUUUGAUAAAGGAGAGUUAGAUUCAGUGUGUAAAAUGUCUGGGCGCUGAAGUGCAUGGGAAGGGGGUUCUUGAGUGGUCUGAGUUGAACGCACAGUGUUGACACUGAGCUGCUUCUGGGUGGAGAGAUGGGGUGCCAUUGAGAUGAUGGGGAUGCAGCUGGCAUGGAGACACGAGCCAAUGGCUUCAGAGGGUCUCUGGAGGGUCAGGCUCUCUUCAGAGUACUAGUACUAAGUGCUAGUCCUUUGGAAGCAAGGUUUACUCGUUUUCGUUUUACAUACACAGGCUGUUCUGCCUUCAUAUAUGUCUGUGUACCAUGUGCCUGCAUUACCAGUAAGGCGGAAAAGGCCCUGGCGUUCUCUACACUGAGUCAGACAGUUGUUAGCUGCUGUGGCUGCUGGGAAUUGAACUUCAGUCUCCUGCAAGAGCAGGCAGUGCUUUGACCUGCUGACCCACCGAGGCUAGUCCCUGAAUCUAGUCUCAGGAAAGGACGUACAUGGCUAGGCUGGUGAUGUCCCUAGCACUUUGGAGGUGAAAGCAGGAGGAUUUAGGGGUCGAAGGUUAAUCUCAGCUACAGACAUAAUGAGAUUGAGGCCCUCCUAGGGUACUUGACUUCCUGGCUUUAAAGCAUUUAAAGCAACAUGAAACAGAAAAAAACAAAAACAAAAACAAAAACAGCCUGACUCUUCCAUAUUCAGUAACCGCAGACGUUUUCUUGUACAACAUUACUGCGUGAUACACUGGCAGCUGAUUGGUUAAAUAGGAAACUCACUAAAGGGGCUGGGGCGAUGGCUCAGAGGAUGAAGUGCUCGCUGACAAGCGUGAGGACCACAGAGAGGUUGGAUUUCAGUAACAUCAAAGCAGGGCAGGUUUGUGGUCUCCUGUGAGCCCAGUCCUGGGGAGGCCAAGACAGGAAGGAGCUCCUCAGAGAAAGCUGGCUGGGGCGCAGGCAGAGUUGAUGAGCUAUGCUUCAGAGAGACCUUGUGUCAGCGAAUACGCUGCAGAGAGACCAAGGGAGACACGGAGCAACUUCAGUCCUGUACAUGCACUUGCUUAAGGGCACUUGCUUAAGGGCACAUGCAAACACAUGUGUAUGUGCACAGGUCCCAUAAACACACACACACACACACAGACACACACACACACACACGCUUGUUUGAAAUAAAAUGGAAAGUACAUUAAACCUUCUAUGACUAAAUAUAUUAAUGUUUUAAAUUUGGCAGUCUUUUGAAAUACAGUCAAGGCCUUUUCUGUAUAAUGUUUUUUAGAGGGAUUUCCUUUAGAUUACAAAAAUUCAUUUCUAGAGACAAAACAUUUUCUUUUUAUACUCAUUCUUGAUGUGAUGCUUGACUAAAUUACAUAAUUAUAAUAAAUAUAACUGACCUUAGCAGAUUAUAGAACAGAUUUUAUUACUGGCUGCCAUGUAGCUCUUUUGGUAAAAAAAUAAGAUUAAUACUCUGACUCUGAUAGCCUCUGUGGAAGCUGAAAUACAGAAGCCAUGGCCUCCUCCUGCUUUUAGAGACAGAAGUCUGGCAUUAUGUUUAGAGCCAAGGUCUUACUGUUCUAUAUCAGCACAAGGAAAUAUAUGAUGUGGCACAUGUUCGGUUAUUCAUAAAGUUUGAGUGUGUGUGUGUGUUUAUAUAUGUGUGUGUGUAUGUGUGUGUGUGUUUGUGUAUGUUUGUAUGUGUGUGUGUUUGUAUGUGUAUUUGUAUGUGUGUGGUGUGUUUAUGUGUGUGUGUUUGUAUGUAUGUGUGUGUCUAUGUAUGUGUGUAUGUGUGUGUGUUUGUGUGUAUGUGUGUAUGUGUGUGCCUAUGUAUGUGUGUAUGUGUGUAUGUGUGUGUAUGUGUGUGUAUGUGUGUGUGUUUGUAUGUCUGUGUGUGUUUGUGUGUGUCUGUAUGUAUGUGUGUUUGUGUGUGUGUCUGUAUGUGUGUAUGUGUAUAUGUGUGUGUGUGUGUAUAUGUUUGUGUGUGUGUAUGUAUAUCAUAUAUAUGGUAGCUAACAUUUGGUUAUUUUGACCAUUUGGCCAUUGUAUAAAAUGGUACAAUGAACAGGUAUUCAUGAAUUUCUGUGGGGGCAUAUCUUAUCAUUUUGUGUCUGUACACCCAAGAGUGGAAACCCUGGGUGGUGUUUCUUCUUUGAGGAACAUAUAGAGUUUUCUGGAGUUGAUCUCUGACUUUCUCUUCCUACUAGCAGUGUGUGAGGGUUUUAGCCAUGUUCUUACUGUUUAGCACCAUCAGCCUCAGGUCGGGAUUUGGCAAGGCAAACCUUAGACUGGUGAGUCAGGUUUUCAGUCCUGGAGGUGGAGAAGUCUGUGAUCAAGGCAGACCUGGUGUCUGGCCAGAGCCCACUUCCUGGUUUGGUAGAUAGCAGAAGCAAGCUCUCCUGUGCUUUUAGUAACAGUAGCAUUCCCAUUCUGGGAACCCUCAUGACCUGACUGCCCCUGAAAGUCCCCACAUCCUCUGCUGGGGUCAGUGUGUCAGAAUGUGAGUCUAGGGAUGGGGCGCAUACAUUCAUCCAUAAUACCGUCCUCUCGAGAUUUUACUUUUAAAAGUGUUUUUUUUUCUUCUGAUUAUCAUAAUAACGAAUCUUUGGAGAAAAGUGUAAGGGAAACAUCACUUGUUUAAAACCACUGUCUAGAAAUAAAAGCAUUUUCCCUCCAUAUUUUGAAUUUAGUUUGGUUUUGUGCAUCUGCGAUUGCCUCUCAGAAGAACCCUGUCCUUGCUACUGGCAACAAUUCUCUGUAUACUAGGCGCCUCCUGUACACCAGCACUGUGUGCACUGGUGAAUAAGCCAUGUCUGAGUCCUGGCCCUCCCUCUUUGCUCAGUAAGAUGUCUGAGCGUUAUCUCUGAGACUGUCUUAAGUUUACUGUACUAAGGAAUGUCUCUUCCAUUCUCUUUUUUUUUUUUAAUCUUGAGUUAUUUUUUUGAGAUUUUUAUACUACACCACAGUGGUUCAGGGACAGAGUAGAAACAGAGAAGCUUCUAUUUGCAGUAGACGGUGAUUAACAGAGACCCGUAAUUUGCGAAGGCACUGAAAACUUGAGGAUUCAGAAUGCUCAGCCCUAAAGGGAGCAUCUAUACCGAGCUCCUGCUCCCCGGGCUCAGGGGUCAUUGCAGAAAAGGAACAGUGUAAGAGCGGGAGGCAGCAGAUGACGGAAGGAAACGGUGUGUUUUGGACACACGAGGGCAGCUGUACAUACGGACUCACAGUGGUCCUGACAGAACACGCCAGACCUGCGUAGCCCAAGACAGAUCAAACCUCAGCAUGGAGAGGGGAGCGGGGCCUGACAUCUGCCCUGUCAGCAGCUGCUAGGUGCUGGUAUGGGGGUCCAGCCCUGCUGAGUUGCCGCACCCCAGGGGAAGGCCACACUCAGAAGAAUAUUUGGAUAGCAAAUUGGCCUUGAGUUUAAAAAACAAGCACACAAGGUCGGGUGGAUAGGGAAGUGGGGGUGAAUCUGGGAAGGGUCAGGAGGGAGGUGAAUCCGAAUCAAAUACGUUAUACAAACCUAUCAAGAAUUAAUAAAAUAAUAAUAAUAAUAAAAUAAUAAAAUGAAAAUAAAAAAUAAAAAUAAUAAAAAUAAUAAUACAUGGCAAACUUUCCAAGGAAGCCAUACUUUUCUUUUUCUACUUGAGAUGUUUACAUUUCUCGCCAUUUUUCUUUUCUUUUGGGAAGGAAUAAAAACAGCAUUGCAUGUAGUGUGUUUUGAGUUCUGGAGUCAGAGCUGGGGACAUUUCAGAGAGUCCCUGUCACACCUGAUUUGUCAGUCUUAGCAGUGUGUCCUGGUGCCUUCCUAGACCUCCCCCAGCAUCGAGGACAUGAACAACAGCGGGAUUUCAGGGUGCCCAGGGUAGAAUCUGCAGGUUCAGUGGCUGAUCCAUGGUGUGCCAGUAUCCUGUCUGCGCUUGGCGUAUGUUGGAUUGCGACCAACAGCAAGGGGGUCCCCCUGAUGGACGAGGAGGGAAGUGGCCAUGGGCUUUUCAGAAAAAGUGACCCUGGGCUACAUGACUUUAUGAAACUGGAGGAAUCAGCUUAUUUUGGAAACUUGAUCCAAUAACACAGAACCCAUACCUCUGCUAUCCCCGUGUCCUUACGUCCUCUGUGGUAACCAAUUGACCCACAUCUCAUGUGACUUUAAGUGCUUUUGAGACAGGGUCUAACACAUUAUAUGGAACUCCUGAUCCUCCUGCCUCCACAUUCCCCCACUCCAUGUGCUAGAAUUAUAGGCCUGCACUACCACGCCCAACGUAACAUGCUAUUUUCUUAAACACAGAAUGUACCAUAGUGUUCCGUAGCUCGCUGAUUUAAUGUUGCCAGGUGGUCUUCUCAUGGCUGCUCACAGCCCAUCUGUAUUUCCCAGCUGUGUGGAAUGCAUAGGCAAUUUCUGUUUAGUUUUUAACCCAUCCUUUUGGGCUGUUUUCUGUUUUCCUUUUACAAGUGGCCCCACACUAAUCUGGCCGUCCAGCUGUCGCUUCACACAUGCGGUUGUAUGCGUAGGGUGGUAUUUCCGAGGUCACUGGUUAGUUACAGACCUCAGCACUAGCAUACUGAAACCACCCCCAGCAUUGUAGAACACCUGCGCCUUACAGGGCCCUGUGUAGGAAGAAAGGUAGCUCCAGGCUCAUUGUCCCAAGUCCCCAGAUGCUGUGUCCUUAAGCUAAAGAAACACUACCAUGACCCUGCUUCCCUAAGAAACAAGUAACUAUGACUGGCAUUUCCUUUAAGAUUGUAACACACUUGAGAAAGAUAAUGGCCUGGAAAAGAAACAUAAGUUUCUUAAGUUAGGGCCCUCAAGGUUAAUUCUCAGUUUCCUGUAUCUCCAUAUGGACAGUUGGAUACUCUUUUUGUUUUUGUUUUUGAGACAGGCUCUUACUGUGUAUCUCUGACUGGCCUGGAACUGGCUAUGGAAGACUAGGCUGGCCCUGCAGCCUUCGACAUUCCACACUCUGCUACAUAUCUGGAGUCACCCUGCUGCUUUUUCCCAGCGCGCCCUCUUCAGUGCCUGUGAAGUUCAAGCCCCAGGCUGGAGAAGCUUCUAGAUGGAUCCUUUCCAAAUUCGGUGUCUUUUCUACCAACGCUGUGCCUCACCCUCAGUCUCUAAGUGAGACGAAGCCAUUUAUUUGAAUCUGGGCAAUUACCCUCUAAAUGCUUAAUUCUUCAAACUGCGCAAGCGUCAUGCAUGACUAGAUGCUCCAUGUCACCACGGAGAACUUAGUCUGGAGCGGCACUACGCUUCAGCACCAGUCAGCAAAGUGAAUAAGUUCUGUGCCACUUCCAACUUCCAUUCCGCUCUGGGAAGAAAGAGCACCAUCAUGUCAAACAUCACGAUUGACCCCGAUGUCAAGCCUGGUGAAUACGUCAUCAAGAGUCUCUUUGCGGAGUUUGCUGUGCAAGCAGAAAAGAAAAUUGAAGUUGUAAUGGCCGAACCCUUGGAAAAGCUGUUAUCCAGAUCUCUUCAGAGGGGUGAAGAUCUGCAGUUUGACCAGUUGAUAAGCUCUAUGAGCUCCGUAGCCGAGCACUGUCUCCCUUCCUUACUCCGAACCUUGUUUGACUGGUACCGACGCCAGAACGGGACUGACGAUGAAUCCUACGGGUACAGGCCGAGGUCUAGCACAAAGUCUAAGGGAGACGAGCAGCACCGUGAGAGAGAUUACCUCCUGGAGCGGCGGGACUUAGCUGUAGACUUCAUUUUCUGUUUAGUCUUGGUAGAAGUUCUAAAGCAGAUUCCUGUCCACCCUGUACCCGACCCCUUAGUUCAUGAGGUUCUAAACCUAGCUUUUAAGCACUUUAAACACAAGGAAGGAUAUUCAGGGACCAACACGGGGAACGUGCACAUCAUUGCGGAUCUAUAUGCAGAGGUGAUUGGCGUGCUCGCCCAGUCGAAGUUCCAGGCGGUAAGGAAGAAGUUCGUGACUGAGUUGAAAGAGCUGCGACAGAAGGAGCAGAGCCCGCACGUGGUCCAGAGCAUCAUCAGCUUGAUCAUGGGGAUGAAGUUCUUCCGAGUGAUGAUGUACCCUGUGGAAGACUUCGAAGCCUCGUUUCAGUUCAUGCAGGAAUGCGCUCAGUAUUUCUUAGAAGUGAAAGACAAGGAUAUAAAACAUGCACUUGCUGGUUUAUUUGUGGAGAUCCUUAUCCCCGUAGCCGCUGCUGUUAAAAAUGAAGUCAAUGUCCCCUGUUUGAAAAAUUUUGUGGAGAUGCUGUAUCAGACUACAUUUGAACUAAGUUCCAGAAAGAAGCAUUCACUGGCUUUGUACCCACUAAUUACCUGUCUUUUAUGUGUCAGUCAAAAACAGUUUUUUUUAAAUAACUGGCAUAUUUUCCUACAAAACUGUUUGUCACAUUUAAAGAUGCCAUCUAACAACAGUAUCAGAAAACAAAUAGAAACCCUGCAGAAUAAAGACCCUAAAAUGUCUCGAGUUGCACUGGAGUCUUUGUACAGACUGUUGUGGGUUUAUGUAAUUAGAAUAAAAUGUGAGAGCAAUACUGUAACACAAAGUCGCCUGAUGAGCAUAGUGUCAGCUCUUUUCCCGAAAGGCUCCCGAAGCGUGGUCCCCCGAGACACCCCUCUCAACAUCUUUGUGAAGAUCAUCCAGUUCAUUGCUCAGGAACGUUUGGAUUUUGCAAUGAAAGAAAUAAUAUUUGAUCUUCUGAGUGUUGGAAAAUCUGCUAAAACUUUCACCAUUAAUCCAGAGAGGAUGAACAUUGGCCUCAGAGUCUUCCUCGUCAUCGCUGACAGCCUGCAGCAGAAAGAUGGUGACCCUCCCAUGCCCACCACAGGAGUCAUUCUUCCCUCAGGAAACACUCUUCGUGUGAAGAAGAUUUUUCUCAAUAAAACCUUGACAGAUGAAGAGGCAAAAGUCAUAGGAAUGUCAGUGUACUAUCCUCAAGUAAGGAGAGCGUUAGACAGCAUUCUCCGGCAUCUGGACAAAGAGGUUGGGAGACCAAUGUGUAUGACCAGUGUGCAGAUGUCCAACAAAGAGCCAGAAGACAUGAUUACGGGGGAAAGGAAACCCAAAAUCGAUUUGUUUAGAACUUGCAUUGCUGCCAUUCCGAGGUUGAUUCCCGAUGGUAUGAGCAGAACUGACCUCAUUGAGCUGUUAGCAAGGCUCACUAUCCACAUGGAUGAGGAACUACGGGCGCUGGCUUUCAACACCCUGCAGGCACUGAUGCUUGAUUUCCCAGAUUGGCGGGAGGAUGUUCUUUCAGGAUUUGUAUAUUUUAUUGUUCGUGAAGUGACUGAUGUCCACCCCACCCUUCUUGAUAAUGCUGUAAAGAUGUUGGUACAAUUAAUAAAUCAGUGGAAGCAGGCAGCUCAGAUGUACAACAGGACCCAGGACUCCCAGCAGAGCAUCUCUAAUGGAGGUCCUCACCCCCCUCCUCUGGAAAGGAGCCUAUAUUCCACUGUGUUCCAUGUGGUCGAAGGCUUUGCGCUGGUCAUCCUCUGUAGCAGCCGUCCCGCCACAAGAAGGCUGGCUGUCAGUGUCCUUAGAGAGAUACGGGCUUUGUUUGCACUUUUGGAGGUCCCUAAGGGUGAUGAGGAGUUAGCCAUUGAUGUGAUGGACAGGCUGAGCCCAUCCAUUCUGGAGAGCUUCAUACAUCUCACGGGGGCCGACCAGACUACUUUGCUGUAUUGCCCGAGCUCCGUAGACCUGCAGACAUUAGCAGAUUGGAACUCUUCUCCCAUCAGCCACCAGUUUGAUGUGAUCAGCCCCUCACACAUUUGGAUAUUUGCACAUGUGACCCAAGGCCAAGACCCAUGGAUUAUAAGCCUCUCCAGUUUUCUAAAGCAAGAAAAUCUUCCGAAGCACUGCUCCACAGCUGUGAGCUAUGCGUGGAUGUUCGCGUACACGAGGCUGCAGCUAUUGUCCCCCCAGGUUGAUAUAAAUAGCCCCAUCAAUGCUAAGAAAGUAAGCACCACCACGAGCAGUGACUCGUACGUUGGCCUGUGGAGAAACUACCUGAUUCUCUGCUGCAGCGCGGCCGCCUCCCCGUCCCCUUCAGCACCCGCAGGCUCCGUGAGAUGCUCUCCUCCCGAGACGCUGGCGUCCACCCCUGACAGUGGCUACAGCAUCGAUUCCAAGAUUGUUGGCAUCCCGUCCCCUUCCUCCCUGUUUAAGCACAUAGUUCCAAUGAUGCGCUCCGAGAGCAUGGAAAUCACGGAGUCCCUCGUUCUAGGUCUCGGCAGGACCAACCCGGGAGCCUUCAGAGAAUUAAUAGAGGAGUUGCACCCCAUAAUUAAAGAAGCACUUGAAAGAAGGCCAGAGAAUAUGAAGCGGCGCAGGCGUCGAGACAUUUUACGAGUACAACUGGUACGGAUAUUUGAACUGUUGGCGGAUGCUGGCGUCAUUAGUCACAGUGCAAGCGGCGGCCUGGAUAACGAAACUCACUUCCUCAACAACACUCUGUUGGAGUACGUAGAUUUAACCCGACAACUUCUGGAGGCAGAGAAUGAGAAGGACUCCGACACACUGAAGGAUAUCCGAUGCCAUUUCAGUGCCUUAGUGGCGAAUAUCAUUCAGAACGUUCCGGUGCACCAGAGAAGAAGUAUCUUUCCACAACAAAGCCUUCGUCACAGUCUGUUUAUGCUGUUCAGCCACUGGGCGGGGCCCUUUAGCAUCAUGUUUACGCCCUUGGACAGAUACAGUGAUAGGAAUAUGCAAAUCAACAGACACCAAUACUGUGCAUUAAAGGCUAUGUCUGCUGUACUGUGUUGUGGCCCUGUUGCAGAUAACGUGGGACUGUCAUCUGAUGGCUAUUUGUACAAAUGGCUGGAUAACAUUUUGGACUCUCUGGAUAAAAAGGUUCACCAAUUAGGCUGUGAAGCAGUCACAUUGCUGCUGGAGCUGAACCCUGAUCAGAGCAGCCUGAUGUACUGGGCCGUGGACCGAUGCUACACGGGCUCCCGGAGGGUAGCUGCCGGCUGCUUCAGAGCCAUUGCCAACGUGUUCCAGAACAGGGAUUAUCAGUGUGACACGGUGAUGCUCCUAAAUCUGAUACUGUUCAAAGCAGCUGACUCUUCUAGAAGCAUCUAUGAAGUUGCUAUGCAACUCUUGCAGAUCCUGGAACCGAAGAUGUUUCGCUAUGCUCACAAACUGGAGGUUCAGAGAACGGAUGGAGUCCUCAGCCAGCUGUCCCCGCUGCCACACCUGUAUUCCGUUUCUUAUUACCAGUUGUCUGAGGAACUAGCCAGGGCAUAUCCAGAGCUCACGCUUGCCAUAUUCUCAGAGAUCAGCCAGCGGAUCCAGACAGCUCACCCCGCGGGGCGGCAGGCAAUGCUACACUAUCUCCUGCCCUGGAUGAACAACAUCGAGCUGGUGGACGUCAGACCUCUGCCCUCAGGGAGGCGGCAGGAUGAAGAAGAUGGCUCCCUGAAAGACAGAGAGCUCAUGGUGACCAGUCGGCGCUGGCUGAGAGGAGAAGGCUGGGGGUCCCCACAGGCCACCGCCAUGGUGUUGAACAAUCUCAUGUAUAUGACGGCGAAGUACGGCGAUGAGCUGGCCUGGUCGGAGGUAGAGAACGUGUGGACCACCCUUGCAGACGGCUGGCCAAAGAACCUGAAAAUUAUUUUGCACUUUUUGAUCAGCAUUUGCGGGGUGAACAGCGAACCAAGCCUCUUGCCUUACGUGAAGAAAGUGAUCGUUUAUCUGGGUAGAGACAAAACCAUGCAGCUGCUAGAAGAGCUGGUGAGCGAGCUUCAGCUCACAGACCCGGUCAGCUCGGGCGUGACGCACAUGGAUAACCCUCCCUACUACCGCAUCACUUCUGGCUGUAAAAUCCCUUCCGUCACCUCAGGAACUACUUCCAGUAGCAAUACAAUGGUAGCUCCCACAGAUGGCAACCCCGACAGUAAGGCCCUAAAGGAGAACUUUGAAGAGAGCUUUGUGCACCUGGACAUCUAUGGUGGGCUGAACAGUCACUUAAACCGGCAGCACCACAGACUGGAGUCUCGAUACAGCAGCAGCUCCGGAGGGUCUUAUGAAGAGGAAAAAAGUGAUUCGAUGCCACUUUAUUCUAAUUGGCGCCUGAAAGUGAUGGAGCAUAACCAAGGAGAGCCACUGCCCUUCCCGCCAGCUGGAGGCUGCUGGUCACCACUGGUGGAUUACGUGCCUGAGACAGCAUCUCCUGGAUUGCCUCUGCACAGGUGUAGCAUAGCCGUGAUCCUGCUGACAGAUCUGAUCAUUGACCACAGCGUGAAGGUAGAGUGGGGAAGUUACCUGCAUCUUCUUCUUCAUGCAGUUUUUAUAGGGUUUGACCACUGCCACCCUGAGGUGUAUGAACAUUGCAAACGCCUGCUGCUGCAUUUACUAAUAGUGAUGGGACCCAACAGUAACAUCCGAACAGUCGCCUCUGUCCUCCUCAGGAACAAGGAAUUCAAUGAGCCCAGGGUGCUGACCGUCAAACCAACAGCACACUCAGAUUACACUUUCACAGCAGGCAUUAACGACUUCACACCCGAUUACCAGCCGUCCCCUAUGACCGACUCAGGGCUUAGCUCCAGUUCUACCUCCUCUAGUAUCAGCUUAGGGAACAACAGCGCUGCCAUUUCCCACCUCCAAGCCACCCUCCUCGGCGAGGUGGACCUCUCAGUGGAGCAGGAUGGAAAAGUCAAAACCCUCAUGGAGUUCAUUACCUCAAGAAAACGAGGGCCCCUUUGGAACCAUGAGGACGUUUCUUCUAAGAACCCCAGCAUCAAGAGUGCUGACCAACUCACCACGUUCCUGAAGCACGUGGUUUCUGUCUUCAAGCAGUCGAAUGCAGAGGGAAUACACUUGGAGCGUCAUCUCAGCGAGGUUGCCCUGCAGACGGCCCUUUCUUGUUCUUCUCGACACUAUGCUGGGAGAUCCUUCCAGAUUUUCAGGGCACUGAAGCAGCCCCUGUCUGCAAAUACACUCUCCGAUGUCCUCUCCAGGCUUGUGGAAACCGUAGGGGACCCAGGGGAGGACGCACAGGGAUUUGUGAUUGAACUGCUUCUCACCUUGGAAUCUGCAAUUGAUACCUUGGCUGAAACCAUGAAGCACUAUGACCUGCUAUCUGCCCUCUCUCAAACCUCAUACCACGACCCUGUAAUGGGGAACAAGUAUGCAGCUAACAGAAAAAGCACGGGCCAGCUCAAUCUAAGCACGAGUCCUAUCAACAGCAGCAGCCAUUUGGGAUGCAACGGUGACACAAGAAGUAACUCGUUGAGGCUGAGUCUAGUUGGUGACCGCAGAGGUGAUCGGCGGCGGAGUAACACACUGGACAUAACAGAUGGACGGACAAACCACGGUGGUAGCUUGGUGAGGACUCGAAGCCUUUCCUCGCUGAGAGAGAAAGGAGUGUAUGACACGCAGCCCCCUACGGAACCGGGCAACCUGAUGGCCACCAUCUUUUGGAUAGCAACGUCUCUGUUAGAAUCUGACUAUGAAUAUGAAUACCUCCUGGCCCUCAGGCUUCUCAGCAAACUGCUCACCCACUUGCCUCUGGAUAAGUCGGAGAGUCGGGAGAAGAUUGAAAGCGUACAGAGCAAAUUGAAGUGGAGUAACUUCCCAGGCCUUCAGCAGCUCUUCCUUAAGGGCUUUACCUCAGUGUCUACCCAAGAGAUGACCGUGUACCUCCUCAGUCAGCUCAUUUCCGUCUCCAAACACACACUGGUGGAUCCGUCCCAGUUGUCAGGAUUUCCUCUUAACAUCCUUUGCUUACUGCCUCACCUAAUCCAGCAUUUUGACAACCCGACUCAGUUUUGCAAAGAAACAGCUAGUCGGAUAGCAAAGGUCUGUGCGGAAGAGAAGUGCCCAACGCUGGUGAACCUCGCUCACAUGAUGAGCUUGUACAGUACACACACCUACUCCAGAGACUGUGCCAACUGGAUCAACGUGGUGUGCCGGUACCUGCAUGACUCUUUCUCAGAGGCGACCUUCAGUCUUGUGACUUACCUGGCAGAGCUGUUAGAAAAGGGGCUGGCCAGCAUGCAGCAGUCCUUGCUGCAGAUCAUCUACAGUCUGUUGAGCCACGUUGACUUGUCCGCAGCCCCAGCCAAGCAGUUCAAUCUGGAGAUCACGAAGACCAUUGGCAAAUAUGUCCAGAGCCCGUACUGGAAGGAAGCCCUCAACAUCCUGAAGCUGGUGGUGUCCCGCUCUGCAAGUCUUGUUGUCCCCAAUGACAUCCCCAAGGCCUACGGGGUAGAUGUAGGUUCUCCCGAAAUCUCCUUCGCUAAAAUUUUCAACAACGUUUCGAAGGAGCUGCCUGGCAAGACCUUAGAUUUUCACUUCGACAUCUCUGAGACACCCAUCAUUGGGAACAAGUAUGGAGGCCAGCACAGUGCGGCGGGAAGGAACGGGAAGGCAAAGGUGAUUGCAGUCACCAGGAGCACGUCCUCCACCUCCUCUGGCUCAACAUCCAAUGCCCUGGUACCCGUGAGCUGGAAAAGGCCUCAGUUAUCACAGCGGAGAACUAGAGAGAAGCUGAUGAGCGUGCUUUCCCUCUGUGGCCCCGAGUCUGGGCUCCCCAAGAACCCUUCUGUUAUAUUUUCUUCAAAUGAGGAUUUGGAAGUUGGGGACCAACAAACCAGCUUGAUUUCCACUACCGAGGACAUAAUUCAGGAAGAAGAAGUAGCCGUCGAAGACAGCAGCAGUGAACAGCAGUUUGGCGUCUUCAAGGACUUCGACUUCUUGGACGUCGAGUUGGAAGAUGCAGAGGGAGAGAGCAUGGACAAUUUCAACUGGGGAGUCCGCCGGCGCUCGCUGGACAGUAUUGACAAAGGAGACACACCAUCCCUCCAGGAGUGCCCCUGUUCCAGCAGCACCCCCAGCCUGACCUUGACGAACCAAGAGGAUACUGAUGAGUCCUCGGAGGAAGAAGCCGCCCUCACGGCAAGCCAGAUCCUGUCACGCACACAGAUGCUCAACAGUGACUGUGUACCGGACGACCUGAUGCCCGACCACCAGGACCUGCUCCAGUCUCAGGACUCUGCCAGCAGCAACACCACGGAAGACGUGCUGCAGAUCCGAGACGAGACCCCCAGUCUGGAGGCCUGUCUAGAUAAUGCUAGCUGCCAGCUGCCUGAGGAUACAAGUUCAGUAUUAAAGGAGGAGCAUGUUACAGCCUUUGAAGAUGAAGGGCCAUACCUUAUUCAAGACCAACAGGACCCGCUAGUCUGUCGGGGAAUUCUUGAUUUAGAAGAAACUGACAUGCCAGAGCCUCUGGCCCCUGAAAGCUAUCCCGAGUCCGUCUGCGAAGAGGACGUCACCUUGGCUUUAAAAGAGUUGGAUGAACGGUGUGAGGAGGAAGAGGCUGAUUUCUCUGGGCUGUCGAGUCAAGAGGAAGAUGAACAAGACGGUUUUCCAGAGGUGCAGACCUCGCCUCUCCCGACGCCCUUUCUGUCUGCCAUAAUAGCAGCUUUUCAGCCAAUGGCUUACGAGGACGAGGAAGAAGCGUGGCGCUGUCACGUCAAUCAGACGCUGUCGGACACAGACGGGUCCUGUGCGGUGUUCACUUUCCAUGUGUUUUCAAGACUGUUCCAGACAAUUCAAAGGAAGUUUGGAGAGAUAACUAAUGAGGCUGUGGGCUUUCUUGGCAAGAGUCUGCAGCGCAUUGGUACCAAGUUUAAAAGCUCAUUGGAAGUAAUGAUGACGUGUUCUGAAUGCCCCACUGUCUUCGUGGAUGCCGAAACGCUGAUGGCGUGCGGUUUGCUGGAAACACUCAAGUUUGGCGUCUUGGAGCUCCAGGAACAUCUGGAUACUUACACCACCAAGAGAGAAGCAGCUGAGCAGUGGCUAGACAACUGCAAGAGGACAUUUGGUGCCAACGAAGACAUAGACAGGAUAAACACCAAUGCACACUGCAUCGAGAUCACUUUUGGUAAAUCACAGCGAUGGUUUGUGCCAUUGCCCGCAACACUACUGCAUCAAAUGGGAAUUCUAGCAGAGCUGGAACUCUGCAGGAGGUUGUACAGGCUACACUUUCAGCUGCUGCUUCUGUUCCAGGCCUACUGCAAACUCAUCAACCAAGUAAACGCCAUCAAGAAUGAAGCAGAGGUCAUCAACAUGUCGGAAGAGCUCACCCAGCUGGAAGGCAUCCUUAAGGAAGCCGAGGCCGCCUCAGAAAAUGAAGAAACCGACAUUUCCAAAGCCGCACAGACCACAAUAGAAACCGCCAUUCAUUCUCUGAUCGAAACUUUGAAGAACAAGGAAUUCGUAUCAGCUGUGGCACAAGUCAAAGCGUUUAGAACCCUCUGGCCCAGUGACAUCUUCGGCAGCUGUGACGACGACCCCGUGCAGACACUCCUACACAUCUAUUUCCAUCACCAGACGCUAGGCCAGACGGGCAGUUUCGCGGUCAUCGGCUCCAACCUGGACAUGUCAGAAGCUAACUGCAAACUGAUGGAGCUUAACCUGGAGAUCAGAGAGUCUCUCCGCAUGGUGCAGUCACACCCACUCCUAGCACAGGCCAAACCAGUCGGAAAGACGGCGAGCGCUGGAUUCUGAGCAACUUCCGCCCCUCAAGAGGGAGUGAGCUGAGGAUGAUGAAGACUUUUAGCCGAGCACCUUUCAUGAACCCUUGUGCUUCGCUGAAAACCCUGGGGCAGCACCUUUCCCUGUAGUCUACUAAUAACUUCAAACUGUCCAAAAAAAAACUGAAGAAAAUAUCUGACCGCUUAACUGCUGCCUAGACCUCUACAGCAACUGUAUGAAGAAGGGAUUUUUUAUUAUUAUUAACCUAUGUGAAUAAGAAUAAGGGCUAAAAGUAAUGCAUACAAACUACAUUACUCUGGAGAAAGAAAGAAAUUCCGAGGAUGUUUGCAAUAAUGGCCUCCAAGACAUUGCAGGGCAGGUGAAGUGAGGCUGGGAUCGGGGCCAAUUCAUUAGCUGAAGACCUGUGCCUGCUGGGCCACGUGGAUUUCUAGCCGUCAUCAUCAUAAACGCAUAGUUGACACUUAGUAUUCAACUUGACCACCCAGUCAGACUUAAUAACACAGACUUAUUUGCAAAAACCAUUGGGUCCGGGGUUGUGUUUUGGGGGUUUUUGUUUGUUUGUUUGUUUUUUUCCAACUUAUGGCAUAAGGGUUUGGGGUGUUUGGGUUGGUUUUUUUUUUUUUUUUUUUUUUGGUCUGUAUAAGGAAGUGUGUGUGUGUGUGUGUGUGUGUGUGUGUCAGUCCUAUUUUCAAGGUGUGGAUGUCUGGUGACAGCUUCUCAGAGCAUGCCUAAAAGAGCACUGCAAGAUUAUUUUUGAAAAAAUUUUAUUUUAUUAGAUCUAACUCUUCAUAGUGUGUAAAUGUCAGAACACUUUAAUAAUAUUUUAAAGCUGGGUUUUCCCCAGUGUCUCAAAAAAAAAAAAGAAAUAAUAUAUCUCUUAACGUUAUUGGACUCUGCUGCUCAGCUCUCUGAUCAGUGCUUUUGUUGAUAUUGUUGAUAACUAACCAAAGCAGACGCCUGCAGAGACUUUAAAAUGUAAAAUAAAGACGCACGCUGCCCGCCAGCGCCUCCCAUUACACAAGUUAACUUAUUUCACUCAGUAACUUAUAGACACCGCAUAGACUAAAACCUGUAUUUUCUUGUACAUUCGUGCCACGCACUGUUCUAUCAGAAAACACGUACAAAGCUAAAGGAAAAGUUGUGGUCACCGAUGGUGGACCGUGUGUUCUGCGGGCUCUGAAUGAUGGCUGCAGACUUCAAGAGAAGAGGUGCAAAUGACUUGUGUGUUUAUGCAGGACUCAGACUGGUUUCAGGCUAACGGAACCCUUGGGGCUACAGGGGAAAGACAGGAAGCCUGAAGACUGACUCCCAAAACGCGCAAUACACUUCUCCACCGUCUAAGUCUGUAGCGUAACAAACUGGAUCCUGUCCCUUUUUUUUUUUUUUUUAAUAGAAUUUUGUAAAGGAAAUGAAUGUAGUCCCACGACUCCUCUGAUUUGAAAGGAACACCUUGUAUUUUUUAUAUGCAUCUCUUUUCCACUGUGACUUUUAUUUUCAGACUGGGCUCUGUGGUUCCAGAGUUUAGAAUGUAGAAAUGAAUUGCUUAGCUUUGCCUUCUCCCGGGGGCGUGGCCCCUGACAGAAAUGUGAUUAUGCUCAAGUGCAUUAAUCGGGGGCACUGUGCAUGCCGCUCGACUGCGGAUCGUGGUCACGUUUCCUGGAAAAUUCUAUAACUGGUCACAGCACAUUCAUAAUCACUGUAUUUUUUGACCCAGAUAAAAAAAAUUAUUUUAAUGGUGUUCUGGUACUGUAAAUGGUGCCCUUUAAAUUAUUAAUAACUCUUGGGCUGGGGGUGGGCAGGCACAGGGAUGGUGUCCAGAGACACGCCACACUUCACAUCCCUUCUCCCAAUUUUUCUCACCCUCCUUACAUCCUUUUUGUUAAAAAUAAAAAAGCAUUGUAGCUGUUGGUUUGUGUGGUGUUUUAAGAAGAAAACAAAUAAAGAUGACUAUAGAUGGCA